AUGACGUAUUUUAGACGUCUAGUAAAUUCCGUGCGUUCGGCUCUUCAGAGUAGGUAAGUGCAAUUUCUCGAAAGUAUGUCGGUACAUGGCGCAAUAUGUUUUUCACAGUGUAUAAACUUUGUCCCAAAUGCCGGAGAUUACCAUCAACUUUUGUGUAGGUACAUUGCAGUGGUGGAGGUUGUCGGUCAAAAUAUAUCCGUUCCAAUGAGAGAGAGCAUGAUGAAUAAACAAAAAAAAAAUGAUAUUUAUAUCAUACAUUAUUAAAAUAUCAUACAUUUUGAAUUCAAAAAUUUCAGCUGACUAGGUUAAUUUUUACGUCUCUUUAAUCACAUGCCUGCAGUUACCUAAACAUAACUUAAAAAUAGAGCUGAUCCUGGGUAUGAGAGCGGCCACUGUUGUGAGAAGUUGGUAAAGUAGGAUACAUAAGGUUAUUUUAUUUAUAUCUAUAAGCAACGAUAAACCAUUCUUUAACAAAAGACGAUUCCGAGCGCAGUUCGGUAAUACAUAAAUUUGGCGAUUUUCGUUUAAAUUUGAUUUAAAAUGCUUAUAAAAAAAUCCAAUGAUUUUGGAAAUUUAAUCACGUCUAGAUAAGUCCAAUAUAAGUUAUUACCUAGUUGCAAGUCUCUACGUGUAUUUAUAAUCGAAUUACAGCAAAAAACUCCCAAAAAUUAAAAUACCUUAAAAGCUCAAAAGUUUUGGCGAUGAUACCGUAAGAAAGUAAAUCCAAAAGGCAACAAAAAAGGUAUCUUGUGAUUUUUCGAUUAAAUAAUUUUUUCUGGUUGAAAAUUUCGUCCGUGUUUUUAUAAAAUAAUGAAAUCGUGAAAUUAUACGUUUUCCUACGUUUUUUCUCACUGAAGUGCUUUUAUUUAAAAAAUGGCGCCUGAAAUCAAAAAAUGACCUUUUUAAAAUGCAGUCUAGACAACUUAAGCUUCCAAAAAAAAGCUACACGUAAAAAUCGGAGCAAGUUUUCUAGGGAAAAACGUGUCCACAGACUAGAAGAAGAAGAAAAAAAGAAAAAAAAGAAAUAAACAUCUUAGUAAAACCAAUAGCUACGUACGGAAUCUAAAAUAAUUAAUUUUCCAUAAUCCUAUAUGACAAUAGAAAAAUAUUUUAUAUUUUUUUUUAAGAAUAUACUUUCAAUUAUUUCCAACAAAUUAUAAUAUAAUAUGUAUACAAUGUACUUUUCAAAAACUUUAAAAAUUUAGACGUUAACAAAUUUAAUUGGCCUUUAUAGUUUUACAUCACCAAACACCACCUAGUUUGCAUUGUUAAAAUAUUUGUUGUAAAACAAUAAAUAACUGAAUAGGUACUAUAAAAUAAUACAUUUAUUCGGCAAUAAUAAAGUUAGGUAGACCCUGUUUUGAAUCUUCUUUUCCUAUUGCGUUUAUCGUUUUUGUGGAUUAUUCUAUAAUAUAGAUCAGUGGUAUCGUACACGUUAAAAAACAGAGUGGCGGUCAUCACGGGUGGCACUCGAGGCAUCGGUCUAGCUGUUGCCAAAGAAUUGAUAACCGAGGGUGCAUCGCAAGUGAUCAUUACCGGUCGCGAUCAAAAUGUAGGUGUAAAAUCGCUCAAACUGUUAGAUGCGAUUUGCGGCGACAAGCAAAUAGUCAAGUACUGUCAGAUGGACGUCACUUUGAGGAACGACGUCAGAAGUAAACAAAAAAAACGUGUCUCGAUGCGUAUUUUCGUACUGUAA